CCGCGCUGCAGAGACAGUGGGGAGCACAAUCCGCGUGCAGCCAGCGAGAGGCGAGGAUCUGCACGGUCAGCUGUGAACAAUGACGGCGGGCUCCAGGGCUCCCCUUGGCCCUCGGUCCACUGGGCCUGUGCAGGAGUAUGAGUGAUGACUGACCAUGUGUGGAACAAAUAAUAGAAGAUUACACAUAAAGAAGAUCAAUCUAAUUUGAUUAUAUUUGAUUGCUGAAAGAUGCUGUGAUUAAUUUUACCCCCAAUGGAUUCUUAAAGUUGCUCCAGCAAAAUCAUCACCAAAGAUUUUACUGAAGCAAUCUCGUGGUGGAAGCCAGAGAGCGGGGGCCGAGAUGUGGCCCCCUGAUCUUGGGCCUCCAGACGUCCAGCUGACUCUUCCUGGUUUUGGGAGUGUGUUUGAAGAUGCAGAGGACCUUCAGGCGCUGCUGUCCUCUGGUGGCUUCUGUCAGUCUUCAGUCCAUUCAGCAGGUCUGUGCUGUCUUCCGAGGACUUCCCUGUCCUUGUCCUCCCUGGGGCGAGACCUCACCUCUUUACUCAACUGUAAGACCAAUGGAUCUCACGUAGAAAAGACUGUGGAGGACUUUGCCACGCACACAGACCCUAAAAACAACUCCCAGAGGUUUGCUUGUUACCCCCAGCCCUCCUUCCCUUUAUCCUACAUGCUAGCCAGCUGUACCACGCCUCCUUCUUUUUGCUCCCCUUCAUCCUCUCUAUCCUCCAACUCCUCAUCCUCCUCCUCUUUACUUUUUGCCUCUUCUUUGCCUCUUUCUGAUGCCAACAACAAAACAUCUCAGCAUCAGCAAACUCUACAAGAAGAGUAUCACUCCAUCAAACAGGAGCCUGCAGAGUGUUUCUCACCAUGUAAGAGAGAACCGUUUCAGAUGAACAACCAGCAGGGGGAGCUGUUCCAUAUGGGGGAGACCUUUCAAGGCCACAAUGGUCAGGACAGCAGUCAGACCCCUCUGCAGUCCCCCAGGCUCAAUAGAUCUGUGGGACAGGACCAUCUGGUGGACCAGCAGGAGCAGUUAUGUCAUUGGAUCGACUGCAGUACCACUUACAGCAGUCAGGAGGAGCUGGUGAGACACAUCGAGAAAGUUCACAUCGACCAGCGCAAAGGCGAGGAGUUUGCAUGUUUCUGGGCUGGCUGUGUGCGGCGCCACAAACCCUUCAACGCUCGCUACAAGCUGCUCAUCCACAUGAGGGUUCACUCUGGAGAGAAACCCAACAAAUGCAUGUUUGAGGGCUGCUCCAAGGCGUUCUCCCGUCUGGAGAACCUGAAGAUCCACCUGAGGAGUCACACCGGCGAGAAGCCAUACAUCUGCCAGCAUUCUGGCUGCCUCAAGGCCUUCAGCAACUCCAGUGACCGGGCCAAACACCAGCGCACACACCUGGACACAAAGCCAUACGCCUGUCAGAUCUCGGGCUGCACCAAACGCUACACUGACCCCAGCUCGUUACGGAAACACGUCAAAGCUCAUUCAGCCAGAGGUCAUCAGGAGAGGGAGGGCAAGGUUCAGGUGCACACAGUGCUGGAAUCGGACGUUUUGAGUGAUUGUCUGGUGAGGCAGCAUCUCCACAGUUCGGCUUCUUCCCAUCAAGGAAGCGGUUCACCUUUGCCGGGCUUAGACAACUUCACAGGUGUGUACUCAAACAGCAACACCGUCAGGGGAAAUUCAGACUUCCUCCCUACAACAGCAGACACCUGCUCCAGGUAUCAAGGACUCGAGGGAAACUUUGACGCCAACAGCCCGAUAUCUUCACUCACAUGCCCAGGGAGAGAAGGGAACCGAGCAGCAUCGCUGUUUAUGCCCCCUGAGGUCAGCCCAGUGAGUUCCUCAUCAGACAGAGGUGACGUCCGGCUGCAGGGCUACCAGAAACCCUACAGCCAGCAGCAGCAGGUGUUCUCACAGCAGCAAGGCUGUCUGUAUGGAGAAGGAAAGGUGGUUCAACCAGUCACCGACGGAGGCCUUGAACCCGCCAGUUACUUCACAAACCCCUCUGCCUCUCACUCUGCAGGGUUUGACAUGUUGCAGGACCUGCAGGGCCAGGCGGAGGGAGGUUACUCCAUGUCUCCCUGCCCAGAUGACGGCUUCCUUUUCCAGGCAGGAGGCGUCGACCGCUGCCUCAGCCACAUCUACUCCAUCUACCUGGACUCCUAAUGGCAGCACAGAACCAGAAACAAAACCAAAUUCACGUUGUUCUCCCGAGGAAAAACAUGCAGCAUGAACGAUGUGACGGCAGAAAGUAGCAUUAACAAUAUACUGAGUUUGUUAGCGUUGUUCUCUUAGUGAAGUGCAAAUUGAACAACCAAAGAGAAAAUCUGCUCAAAUUAUAGAUGUAAAUAGCAGUGACUUUUUCAUUCAGGCAUGAACACAUUAUUUGGUGUCUAGAUAUAAGAUCUGCAAGUUUUGUUAAUUUGAUCUUUUCUCUGGCUUCAACCAGUGAGGUCAUUUCUGCCUCCUCAGCAGCUUCACCUCCAAGAAAUGUUCAAACCAUCUUUGAAUGAACAAAAUCAGAUCUUAGAGUGCAGUGGUCCCUGUCCAGGGGUCAAUAAGGUCAAAAUAUAAUACCAAAGAGCAAAGCAACAUAGUUCUGUGUUGUUGGACUUUUAUCUACCUGUUGUUGUUGUUGUUUUUUGUUUUUUAUGAAAUAUUGAAAAGUUUUUCUUUUUUCUUUUUGGGGUUUUAACAGCAAUUUUAAAUGAAGAGAAUAUGAAUCUUAGUUUAUAUGUACAGUGUGUGACAAAUAGAGGUCAAAAAGGCUGGGAACCAAUAUGUUAUACUGGACAACAAGUUGCGGUUAGCAGUCUACACGCUUAAAGAAACAGACAUUCGGGGAAAUAUGAAUAUUUGCUUUUUCCCAAGAGUUAGAUGAGAAAAUUGAUUCCACUCAACAUUUGGAAUCAGGUUAGCUCUACAGGUUAGCUUAGCUUAACAGAAAGACCUAUCCAGAGGUACGGUAACAAAAUUAGCCUACCAAAUAAUUAUAAAGCUUAAUAACUGGAACAUUACAUUUCCCAGUGUUUCCCUGAGGAAUUUGUUUCAGCAAUGCUGCUGUUGUGUUUAAAACAACCUUAUAAUCAAUAUAAAUAGGGUUAUUCAUGUAUUUCCUUUCCUUUUUAAUGAGUUAAUCUUUUACAGAUGGCGGUUAUACCUUUUUUGUCCGAUGUAGGGACCUCCUCAGUUUUUGGUAUUUAAGCUUAGACAAUAUACCAAAGCAACAUUGCAGCUGACCUGCAAAGCUCAACACUUUGUGCACCCUCUUAAUUUGUUUAAAUGAAGCAUCCAAUGUUCUUCCAUAACACUACUUUAAGCAUAAUAGAUUUGAUGAAAUUAAACUUGCAGUUGUGUUAUAGACAAAAUAUAAUACUUUUGCAGUAGCUAGAGGCGUAUUUAAUUCAAACAUACCCAAGAAAAGUGAUUAAUUACAACUAAACUAGGAACUUUUUCUGCAAUCUGGUGUCAAACCACACUAAUAAGACCGAGUCAGGCUUGCUGUUUACCCUCAUUUCCAGUGUUUAGACUAAGCUAAGCGGAUCAGGUGCUGGUUAUACUUAACAGACAGACCUGGGAGGAGCAUCAAUUUGCUCAUCUAUCUCUCAACAGAAAAGCAAAUAAACAUAUUUCCAAAAUGUCAAGCCAUUCUUUUAACUGUGUAUUUAUCAGCAGCUCAAUUAGUUUGUAACUUAAGUGUCACCCAGCAACUGCUGGUUAAUUUACAUUUUCUUUGAGUGCAGCUGUGCAAACCUCAAGAGGGUGGAAUGAACAGUAAACUGUAUCAGUGCUGCCCCCAUGUGUUUGAAUGACUGUAUUUCCUGCAUAUACAAUAUGUGCAGUCAGUGGUAUAGAGCGAAUCAGUGGAUGAGUCCUGGGAUUAAUAAACUGACAAAAACAAGAAAAAAAUCUGCACUAAAAUGUUUUUCUCAGUGGAUACUCCAACAAAUACGUUUUAAUAUGUGUAAUCCAACAACAAUGAAGACAAAAGUAUAAUCGGUGUCCUUUUUUAUAUUGUCUCUUGAUGCUUCAGCACAGUGCCUUUAUAUGUUUGUUCAACAGUUUCCAUCAGUGUUAUAUUCAGUGAGAGAGAGGUGUGCAUUGUUUACAAUAAAUUCUCUGCACUCUUUUCUGUCUCAUCAGAGACUUUAAGAAAAUGACCAACCAGAAAAUGUUUACACUGAUUUUGUAGCAUUGCAGAGAUGUCUUAUUAUUGUCACUGACUGUAUA